AUGCCUCUUACCCUUUCUCACUCUAUCUCUAUCCUUCCUCCCCAAAUUGUAUAUACAUCUUACCCUUUCUCUCUCUCUCUCUCUCUCUCUCUCUCUCAUAUCUAUCUAUAUAUCUAUCUGUCUAUCACUUUUCCCUCCAAUCUACAUAUCCCUCUCCGUCUUUCUGCCUCUCUCUCUCUCUCUCUCUCUCUCUAUUGUGUUCAUUAUCUACCUAUGCAUCUCAAUCUAUCUCUAUCUAAUUAUCUAUCUAUUUAUAUAUCUCAGUCUGUUCAUUAUCUAUCUAUCUAUCUAUCUAUCUAUCUAUCUAUGUAUCUCUAUUCAUAUCUAAUUAUGUUCAUAGUAUAUCUAUCUAUCUAUCCCUUUCUAUUCAUAUAUAAUUAUGUUUAUAGUAUAUCUAUCUAUCUAUCUAUCUAUCUAAUUAUAUUUAUAGUAUAUCUAUCUAUCUAUCUAUCUAUCUAUCUAUCUAUCUAUCUCAGGCUGUUCUAUCUCUUUCUAUUCAUAUCUAAUUAUGUUUAUAGUACAUCUAUCUAUCUAUCUAUCUAUCUAUUCAACAUUUUCUUGAUGAUUUCUCGUUCUUCUCGCAACCAGCAUACUCUCUUUAUUUUGCCUCGAACAGAUGGCUACAUAAACCGAGUUGAGUAUCGGAGAUCCAGCAUUCAUAAAUCCCAUAUGGAUAUUAUUACCCACAAUGUUUCUCUGUAUCCCUCCAUGCACCCUCUCUCUCUCUUUCAUCUCUCUCCCUCUCACUCAGUCUCUCUCUCUCUCUCUCUCUCUUUCUGCGCGCGAGUGCGUGGUGGAUAUGCGCAAUGUGCUUACAUCAGUAAAUGGACAGAAAGCUUCGUUAGGUCUUUGCUCGCGUUUUGA